AUGAGUGUGACGCUGCACACGACGCUCGGUGAUCUCAAGAUCGAGGUCUUUUGCGAGACAGUUCCCCGUGCGGCGGAGAAUUUCCUUGGGCAUUGUGCGGCUGGGACGUACGAUGAGGUGAAAUGGCACCGGAACAUGCGCGACUUUAUGAUCCAAACCGGCGACCCUACUGGCACCGGCAAAGGCGGCCAAUCGAUCUGGGGCGAGCCAUUCCAGGACGAGAUCUGCGCGACGCUCAAGUUUAAUGCGCGUGGUAUUGUCGCCAUGGCGAACGGCGCGCCGAACACGAACAAGUCGCAGUUCUUUAUCACAUACAGCAAGCAGUCGCACCUUGAUGGCAAGUACACCAUCAUCGGCAAGGUGAUUGACGGUGCGGAGCUUGGCGGCACGCUCGAUACUAUGGAAAAAGUUCCGGUCGACGCAAAGCACCGUCCGCUAGACGAAAUCCGCAUGACGGGCGUCACGAUCCAUGCGAACCCCAUUGCGCAGCGUGCGCUUCCGUGA